AUGUCUGGCUCCGAGUUAACCGCUGUGCUCGCCUACGCUAAAAGCAUCGACAAAGUCAUGUACCUCGGUGGUGCUGUCAGUAUCUCCGUCUGGACUUGGAAGGACAUCCGGAAGGUCAAGGAGCUUCAGGUCAUCACUGACAAAUCUCCUGACAGCGGUGAUAGAGAGUCGGCAGUGGUCGGCGAAAAGUAA